GUAUUUUAAUUUUGAAAGCAAUUUUAUCUGAAAAAUUUGUGAAUAUGACGUGGUUGCUUUUACUGCUGGGGUUAUGGAUUUGGUGGAUGUCGGGAUACAAACAGAGGAAAAGGCUCAGACAGAUAGCCAAAGAGCUCCCUACGAGUAUCCCAGCGUUCCCGAUAGUUGGACAAGCGUACAUAUUUUUAGGGAACGAUGAAGAUAAAAUGAAGGCUCUUCAGAGGCUUGGGAGAGAUGCCAUACAGCAGGGCGGGACCAUAGCAUAUUGGCAAGGCCACGAAUUACUUAUAGGCGUUGCGGAUCCAGUAGUGGCAGACUUGCUGCUAAGGAGCUGCCUGUCCAAACACGAAUAUUUGAUGAACGCCGUGCGGAUCUUCACUGGCAAUGGAAGCUUAGCCGCUCCCGUGCAUACCUGGAGGCCUCGCCGCAAGAUCCUCUCUCCAAUCUUCAGUCCGAAGAACUUACACGCCUUCGUGGAGAUAUUCGCGAGACAGAGCGCUACAACAGUGAAGCUGCUGCGGCCCAUGGCGGGCGCUGGAGACUUCUCCAUCUGGAAAUACGUGGCUACAUACACCUUCGACUCUGUGACAGAAACCAAUUUAGGCGUAAAAAUGAACUCUCAGAAGAAUAAAGACCACCCAUUCUUGGAGGCAUUCGACCAAAGCGCUACUUUCAUGGCCACUCGAAUGGUGUCACCCUGGCUUCAUCCAGACUUGAUCUAUCGCAUGCUGCCCAGUUACAGACAAUGUAAAAGUUACGUUAGCUACGUUGACAAUUUUGUUAGUGCGACUAUUUCGAACAAAAGAAAUGCCUUUAAUGGAUUAUGUAGAAAAAAGGAAAGCUAUAUCACAGAACCAAAGAAGUUACGAACAUUAAUAGAGUUGCUAAUGGAGGCACCAGGAGAAGAAAAGAAAUUGAACGAUACUGAGCUUCUAGAAGAAACGAAAGUGAUCAUAAGUGCGGGCACCGACACGUCCGCCAUUGGAGCGUGCAACACUUUUCUAAUGCUUGCACGGCAUGCCAAAGUCCAAGAGGCUGUUUAUAAGGAGCUGCAAGAAGUAUUUGGUGAUUCAGACAGAGAAGCGACUGUAGAAGAUUUGUCUCGUCUGAAAUACUUGGAGCUCGUGAUCAAGGAGUCGUUGCGGCUGUACCCCCCUGUGCCAGCCAUUGUGAGAGAGGUCAUCGACGACAUUACACUGCCAAACGGAACGACCCUCACAAAAGGAUGCGGCAUAGUGGCGUAUAUUUUCGCCAUACACCGGAACCCUCACUACUGGGGAGCCGACGCUGACAAAUUCCGCCCUGAGAGAUUCUUGGAGCCUCUCAAGCACCCGGCCCAAUUCAUGCCUUUCAGCUGGGGGAUGAGGAACUGUCUAGGGUACCAAUACGCAAUGCUGUCCCUGAAGACGGUGACAUCCACCAUCCUCAGGAGAUACCAGGUGCUUCCUCCAUCAGACCUGGAUCCUGCCCACUACGAGGACCCCCUGAGGGUUAGAUUCAAGAUCAUGAUGAUGGAUGUGGACAAUUUUAUAGUGCGUUUGAAGGAAAGAGUAUCGCUGGGAGGACAGUGUGGCGGCAGAUCUGCAUUAGCUUCAAACAGAAUGCAAGCUAUCCACAGGCUUGGAAACGAUGCUAUACAACAAGGCGGAACCAUUGCUUACUGGAUGGGCCAAGAAUUGGCCAUUGGCGUAGCGGACCCUGUGGUGGCAGACUUGCUUCUAAGGAACUGUUUGUCUAAAGAUGAAAAAAUGAUCCGCCUCAUUCGCAUUUUCACGGGGAAUGGGAGCAUUUCCGCUCCAGUGCCCGUGUGGCGGCCGCGCCGCAAGCUCCUCUCGCCAAUAUUCAGUCUGAAGAACCUCCACGCCUUCGUGGAAGUCUUCGCGAAGCAGAGUGCGACCACCGUGAGGCUCCUGCGGCCCAUGACAGGGAAGGGCGACUUCUCCAUCUGGAAGUACCUGGCCACCUACACCUUCGACUCUGUGACAGAGACCAAUUUAGGCGUGGAGUUGAACUCUCAGAUGGCCAACGACCACCCAUUCCUCGGAGCCUUCGACGAGUGCGGAACUCUCAUGGGAGAGCGGCUCUGCUCGCCCUGGCUUCACAACAACUUCAUCUAUCGCCUGCUGCCGAGUUACAGGCAGUGUGUCAAGUGCGUUGAUGUCAUCGACGACUUCUUGCGUGAGACCAUCGCGGAAAAAAGAAAAGUCAUAAGCAGAUUAUGUGGAAAGAAAGAAAGUGAUGUGACCAAACCCAAAACGAAAAGCCUAGUGGAGUUGCUAAUCAAUGCACCAGAAGACGAAAAGAAGUUGAACGACACUGAACUUCUAGAAGAGACGAAGGUGAUCAUAGGAGCCGCCACAGACACGUCGGCCAUAGGAGCUUGCUACACGUUUCUGAUGCUCGCUCGCCAUCCUAAAGUACAAGACGCUGUUUAUAAGGAGCUGCAAGAAGUAUUUGGUGAUUCAGAUAGAGAGGCCGCUGUAGAAGAUUUGUCUCGUCUCAAAUACUUGGAGCUCGUGAUCAAGGAGUCUCUACGGAUGUACCCGCCUGUGCCAGCCAUUCUCAGGGAGGUCAACGACGACAUUACACUGCCAAACGGAACGACUCUGACCAAAGGGGUGGGUAUCGUGGUGUAUAUCACGGCCGUGAACCGGAACCCUCACUACUGGGGAGCCGACGCUGACAAGUUCCGCCCUGAGCGAUUCCUGGAGCCCCUCAAGCACCCGGCGCAGUUCAUGGCUUUCAGCUGGGGGAUGAGGAAUUGUAUAGGGUACCAGUACGCAAUGCUGUCCCUGAAGACGGUGACAUCCACCAUCCUGAGGAGAUACCAGGUGCUUCCUCCAUCAGACCUGGACCCUGCCCACUACGAGGACCCCCUGAGGGUCAAGUUCAACAUUAUGAUGAAAGAUGCAGACAAUUUCAUGAUUCGCUUAGAGGAAAGACAGAAGAUGAGGAAGUUUGUGGAGUUGGCGGAGAAUUUGCCGGGAGAGCUGCCCACCCUGCCCGUCGUCGGGCAUGCGCAUCUCCUGGCGGGGAACGACGAAGCCAACAUGAACACUCUUCAGAUAGCGGGCCGGAUAGCGGUGAAACGCGGCGGCCUUUCGACCUUCUGGAUGGCACAUAAGCCGUACCUUGUUGUAGCUGAUCCUGUGGUCGCAGAACUAAUGUUAAAAACUCACCUAGAGAAGGACAGCACGAUGAAGAUCUUACAGUUUCUUGUCGGGAAUGGAAGCAUCUAUGCACCAGUAUCCAUCUGGCGGCCGCGCCGCAAGAUCCUGGCUCCGACCUUCAACAUUAAGAAGCUGAACCGCUUCGUGGACGUGUUCGCCAGCCAGAGCGCCCUGACGGCCACCAAGCUGCGGCCCGCGGCCGGGAAGGGCACCUUCCCCGUUUGGAAGUACAUGACAAGCUACACCUUCCAUUCGGUCUGUGAAACCACGCUAGGCGUGCACAUGAACGCAGACGAGGACGUAGGGUUCAUCGAGUCCUUCGAGGAGGUCGUGGAACACAUGACGUGGCGCAUCCUGCAGCCCUGGCUGUACCCCAACUGGGUCUACCGGCUGCUGCCCCAGUACAAGCAGGCGGACAAGUGCAGACAGGACAUGUACACGUUUGUUGACAAGAUUAUCAAACUUAAAAGGCAGGAAAUGGAAGACAAGCAACGCGAGGUUGGAUUUGAACCGAAGCCAGACUCCUACCUCGGCUUCCAGUCUCUACUAGAGAUGCUUCUAGAAACGUCUCUCAAAGUGCAAGGGUUCACUGACCUGGAGCUGCGUGAGGAGGCCUUGGUGAUGAGCGCUGCUGGCACUGACACGUCUGCUGUCGCGGCAUCCUUCGCGCUGGUCAUGCUGGCCAGGAACCCUGAGGUCCAGGAGAAUGUGUAUGAAGAAUUGAACGAAGUAUUGGACCACCCAGACAAGGCAAUAACGGCUGCAGACCUGCCAAAACUCAAGUACCUGGAAGCUGUGGUGAAAGAGACGCUGAGACUUUAUCCUCCGGUGCCAAUGAUCGUGCGGAAGGUUACCACCGACACGAAACUACCAUCUGGAGUGACAGUACCAGCUGGCACAGGCAUCUGCAUGCACAUCUGGGCAACGCACCGCAACCACAGAUACUGGGGUCCUGAUGUAGAUUGCUUCAGACCAGAGCGGUUCUUGGAGCCACUGAAGCAUCCGUCACAGUUCGUGCCCUUCAGCUUUGGUGUGAGGAACUGCCUUGGUUACCAAUAUGCCAUGAUGUCCCUGAAGACAGUAUUAGCGACUCUCCUAAAAGAGUACCGAGUGCUGCCGCCGGCCGAGGCUGACUUAAAGUCCCUGGACGAACCAAUCAGAGUCAAGUAUGACAUCAUGAUGAAGGCUGUGGAUAUGUUCCAGAUUCAGUUGGAAGUCAGAACACCUGUCAAUUCUAGAAAUAUUGGAUGAUUCUGGAGCUGUAGGGUUUAGAAGUUUAUUGCGUAGUUAGGUAUAAUAAAUGUAUUACUAUGGAAAGUACUUCUGCGGAACUUGUGUGGAAGCCCUGGCAGUGUUAAGGAGCGGAACUGAUUUACAUUGGAUGAAAAAUUUUCUUUAAGAAAUGUUGGUAACGUCUACCAAUAAGUUUUAGAAUCUAUUGGUAAGUCGAUAUACACCGUGCCCAAUAAGUAGUUUUGCUGUAAGCAUUUGAAGUUGCAUUGUUGUUCCAAAAUCACUCUGUGUAAGCUAGUUUUGCCGACCGGUCUGGCUCAGUCGGUAGUGACCCUGCUUGCUGAGCCGCGGUCCUGGGUUCGAAUCCCGGUAAGGGCAUUUAUUUGUGUGAUGAGCACAGAUAUUUGUUCCUGAGUCAUGGAUGU